CGCGCCCGCAGCGCUCAGUCCACGCCGAGACGCGGCCGCGCGAGCACCAUGGCGCCCACCACCACAGUCACCACCACCGUCGCCAACAAUGACGAGGAUCCCUUCCCGUACAUGCGGCCCAGCGCGCUCGGCAAGUGGGAGUCUUUCAAGCUCGAGAUCUGGAACCCGUCCACCAAGCAGUUCCUCGGCAGGACCGCCAAGAGUUGGGGUGGUAUCGUACUGUUUUACCUGAUCUUCUAUGCUGCACUGGCUGCAUUUUUUGCAGUCUGCAUGCAGGGACUCCUUUACUGCCUAGAUGAUCACUCACCAAAAUGGCAAGGCAGCCAGUCUCUAAUUGGAACCAAUCCAGGAAUGGGCUUCAGACCAAUGUCAAGGGACAUUGAACAAGCUGGCUCACUUAUCUGGUACACAGCCAACAAUCAGACUAAUGUAGAUUAUUGGGUAGAAAUUCUAAAUGAAUUCAGUGCACCUUACUACAAUGAAACUUUGAAGCAGACACUAAUGCACUGUGACUAUGAUCGUCCUAUUAUGGAUAAAAAAGGCUGCAUUGUGGAUACCAGUACAUGGGGAGACUGUAGAGCUGAAAUGGGAUACAGCUACAAUCGUUCACGUCCAUGUUUCUUCAUUAAGCUUAAUAAGAUAUAUGGCUGGACACCAGAAUUUUACAAAUAUGAUUAUGAACUUCCAGAGCAGAUGCCAAAUGACUUGAAACAGCACAUAAAAAAUAUUAACAAGACUGACCCAAAGCAGUUAAAUACAAUAUGGGUAUCAUGUAGAGGUGAAAAUCCAGCAGAUAUGGAAACCAUUGGGCCCGUUAAAUACGUGAGUGGCUAUGGAUUGCCUGGGUAUUAUUUUCCCUUUAAAAAUCAGGAGAACUAUCUUACCCCUGUUAUUGCAAUCCAGCUUACAAAUGCAACAAAACAUGUGUUGAUUAAUGUUGAAUGCAGAGCCUGGGCAAAGAAUAUCAUUUACUCUAAAGUGAAAGGUGAACGAGAAGGUUCAAUGCAUUUAGAACUGAUGAUGGACUAGCACCGUCUCCAGUACGGCUAUAGCAAGUUUGUGCCUAUUUUCUGCAGUUUUUGGUCCACUGAGAAGAUAUGUGCCAUUGUUUUCUGUAGUGGCAGAAGUCAAAACAAAUCUGCCAUGAAGAUAUAAUGAGGACUGCUUUAUCUGUGCUUUAACAAUAGGUAUUUCUGUGAGAGUAAUCAAGUUAGAAGUGUUGAAAAGUGCAUUUUUAGUGGGGAAAAUCAAAAACUCAUGAAUGAACCUGAUAUAUUGACGUUUUUUGUGUUUCCCACAAGGAAUUCCAGUCAUAAAAGAGAAUUAAAAUUAUAUUUAUACUGAGUAUAUCAUAAUUUUUUCGCUUCUAUGUUUUAACUGUUCACAUGUUCGUGAAAAUAAUUAACAGAUUUAAACAUGAUUGGAGAAGGCUAUUUAAAUGAAACACAAAUGUUUAGAAAUCAGUACAAAUUUGUGGCUAUUAUUGAGGACUGCACAAAAUUGUCAGGGGCAGGUCUAUGUGAGAAAAAAUAUGUUUGUGUGAUAUUUAAGAAAAAAAAGUAGAUGAUAAUUUAAUACAUAGACACGUAUUGCCUUUUAUUUGCAUGCUAAGUGUAUAUAUUUGAAAUAUAUUAUAAAACUGUGAAGUAAAUAA